AUACUAAGUCCAUAUAGUGCGGCAGCUAACGCAGCAUCUGAAUGCUUGCGGGUCAACUCCCUAAAACAGAGACAGAACUUUAAAAACUGAUAAGAAAGUGGACUUGGUAUAUAAAUGAGUAUCGUAGUGAAAUAAGUGGUUUAGUGUGAUUGAGUGAUCAAAAUAUAAGUGGGUUUCAAACUAUUGUUACCGCUAUGAUAUAUGCCUUAAUUAUGUGUGCUAGUGCAAUAGCAGUUGUUCAAGGAUUUCCAUCAUUAUUUGCAGGCGAAUCAGAAGACAAUGAAGUUGUAUCUUACAAUUUUCCCUUCGUGACCCGUUCUGGGUGGAAUGCAAGGACUCCUAAAGAAAAGACGCCCCUGAACUUUCCCGUGCCAUACGUUGUGAUACACCACUCCUACAUGCCGCCAGCGUGUUACAACCGCGAAGCGUGCUGCACGGCUAUGAGAGGCAUGCAGAACUUCCACAUGGACGACCAUGGAUGGUGGGAUAUAGGAUACCAUUUUGCGGUAGGCAGCGACGGCGUGGCGUAUGAAGGCCGUGGGUGGGACACGCUCGGGGCGCACGCUCUGCAUUUCAACACCGUCAGCAUCGGUAUCUGUUUGAUCGGAGACUGGAGAUACUCAGCCCCGCCUGGAAAUCAACUGAAAACUGCGAAAGCAUUGAUCACCGCUGGUAUAGAGCUGGGAUACAUUAAACCUGACUAUAAAUUAGUCGGACAUAAGCAAGUAAGGAACACCGAGUGUCCAGGCAAAGGAUUAUUCGACACUAUUAAGACGUGGGAUCACUUCUCCGAACACCCUUCUUCGGUAGACGAGUUGAUAUAUGUUAAUGAAUUGCCAGAAAGCACUAAGACUAUGCUCUUGAACCGCAGAAAUAAUACCACUGUUUAAUUGUACCUAUAAAAAAAAUAUCAAUUUGGUCUGGUCCAAGUAUGAGGACAUGCUUCAAGUUUCAAAUAAGUUUUAUUUAUCAGUUAUCGUAUCAAAUGACUAAUCUAGAUAGUUCUCAUUAUAUAACCAUUUAUUGAGAAGCAUAGAUUAGAUUGUGACCUUUGUAUUUGGUCGGCUUAUACAUUGACGGGUAGAAUUUACUCAUAAGUUGUGAAACAGGCUCUAAGACGUAAAAUACAUCUUUCCAUUAAAAUAAAGCUUUAAAUAUCAAAUGCUUUAUGCCCUUGUAAAAUAUACCCUAGCUAUACCUACGCUACGUCUCGACUGGGAUAUUUAAUGACAUUACACUUUACUGACAGCAUUAUUGAGGCUUGCAUUGCAGCAAGUCUUCCUAUAUAAUUAUAUCUAACUCUUCAACAAUCGUUAAAUUAUUUUGAUUGAUUAUAAAUAAUCCUCUAUCCUAAGAGCUCUACGUUAAAUUUCUUAAACUCUUAGUUGUAUUAAGCGGCAAAAAUUCUAUAUUUCACUGUAUAUUUACCAGUAGCGAAGUGCGAAAUUUUACAAAAGGUAACCCGAGCAAAAAAGUUUGCCUUAGUUAACAUAUUGCGACCAAUGUAGCAGAAAACAUAGACUAAGACAAAGGUAAAUAAAAGGGAAGCCGGUAGGAAUUGGGUUGUAUGGACACUUCGCCACUGAUAUUUACCUAAAAUACGACGCAGAAGUAGAAAAAAUUAUACUUAUUAGUAUGUAGGACAAUGUAGAAUACAUUGGUAGCUCUCUGUCCUAAUAGUCAAGGUCUAAACAUUGCCCCCUUGGCAUCUACCGCGCUAUUGCUAGGACCUUAUUGUAUAAUUAAAGUUAUAUUGUCACUUGUACAAUGUUUUGUCUCGCUUCCUCUAGUAUUGGAUAUGUCACUCGACAUAACAAGAUAAAGCAAUGGAUAAAACGCUGUAUAACUAAAAAAGACGUCAUAGAACGUUUAUUAGUAACGGACAUAAAGUCUAAAUAAUAAAUACUUAUUUAUAAUUUCUUAUUCUUACACAGUUAUUUUAAACGUGUUUUAAAAUAAUCUCGAUAUACUUACAACGUCGAUAAAUUAACUUAUCACAUAAUAAUAUACUAUGACAAUGUUUGUAAUCAUAAAAUAAUUAUAGUAAAGUUAUAUUUAUUAAAUAAUAGCAAAAUAACUAUCUCAGUCUUCUGGUUGACUUGAGGUUAAACUACCUCAACAAUUUCCUGUCCCCUUUAUGUAAGCUCCUCCUUAUACAAGAACAGGCGUAGUUAUGUGGGCCAGGCUGGGCGGCACCGACCCUAGGUAUGUUUUUGCACACCCUUGCGCUUACAGAGGCCUUGCUAGUUGCAGGCUUUUCGUUGACUCGGCGAAGUUUUUGCUCGUUCUAACUGCCUUUCUUAGAGAAAGGCCGUAGCUGCGCCAAUGUAUACAAGUAGAGAAUAGACCAUCGUAAUUCGAGUUCGAAAUAAGUGUACCCAUCCAAAUAAGUUUAUACAGACAGAAAAAUGUGAGCAAAAAUUAAGCUGCCGCGCCAUAUGAAACAUACUUUAUAAACAUAAUAGAAAAGAGACAGAUAAUAACCGUCUCCUUCUACGGAAUAAUUAAACUUACGAUGUUAUAUGAUUGUUCAUAAAAAAAAUAUAGCUAUCAAGGCCCUUAUGAAUGUUGGGCUCUUCCAAGAUUAGUGGUAGUUGUAUUUUAUGUAACUUUACUACAAUGCUUUCAAAUAGGGCUGUGAUUUUUAUAAUGUAUAUCAUUAGUAAUUGAUAGCAUUGCUUGUGCUGGCGUUACCCAUGUAUUUAUGAUAUCUUCCAAUAAAACAUAACCCUUAUUAAUAUAUUUAUGAGUGGUCUUUUUGAAGCACUGCUGUGAAUUUUUUUUGACAAUAGAUCCAUUAAGGAACUUGGUACUAGAGUAAUUUGAUAACGUACUUCGUAAUCACAAAUACGCAUAUCUCGAAAAGGGAUUAACUGUCCCAAAUACAAAGUUAUUUUUUUUUAAUUAUACUGGAUCAAGUGUAUAAAUAUAAUACAAAUAUAUUAGGCAUGUGUAUUGUUUAACAAGGUUGGUAUACAGACAUUAACAUCUGGCACUAAGUAAUCAAAUACCUAAAAUUCCAGAAGUAUAGUAGGCGUAAUAUCAAACGUUAAGGAACAGUAUUCGGGGUGAGGGAAAGAAAAUUAUGGAAGUGGAAUAAAUAAACAAGGAAUAUACCAUUUAUCCACCUAGAAAUAAAAAAAAAAACUAGUUAAGUAUCUAAUAUUUAUUGCGAAUCAACGAGGCUUAAUAGUAUGUAAGGGUUCCUAUUUUUAUACAAUCUGUUACUUCUAUUCUUUGUAUUGAAGGAAAUACUGUGACUGGGUUUGCUUUCCAAAUUCAAUCAUAUGUAAUAAGUUAUAUUUUAUGUGCUUAUGUUACUUGUACUGGUAGUGAAGUAGACUUUAUAGCUUUAUAAAGACAUUGUAUCAUAUUAUCUACAUUUAAAUAAAUACUUAUAUUUUGUCAACAAAAC